AAGUGGGUUUGGUUUGUCCCUUCGCAGGAAUAGAAUUUGAGACAGAUUCCGCGCGCUCCACGGCAGGAUUUCAUCAGUUGUCUGCUGUUCUUGGGAGUUCGCUUGUAAAACUCCCGUUUCGUUUCAAUUCAUAGUCGCGAGUGUUAACGGCAGUGUUGAAGCAACAGGGCGAAUACGAUUGUAAUGAGCUGACUAUAAACACCUUCGAUCGUUGGUAAAGACAAGAAGUUUUUACGAGAAAAAAAAAACCAUGGCGAAUCGAAAGGGAUCCGAGGCUCACGAAUGCAUGAAAAACACGUUCCAUCUAAAUAGGCACGAGGAGAUUGAAUUGCCACCUCUUACGAGCAUCGUGAAUUCUGUAAACCAGAUACAGUAUAUCAAACAUAGAGACUUGCCCGAAAGAGGUACUUGGGACACUAAACUAGAUUUUAUUUUAUCGGUGGUAGGGUUAGCCAUAGGUUUAGGCAAUGUGUGGCGAUUUCCCUACUUAUGUUACAAAAACGGUGGCGGUGCGUUUUUGGUACCCUAUUUUAUCACGCUUAUUUUGGCUGGUAUUCCCAUGUUUUUCAUGGAAUUGGCUUUGGGACAAAUGAUGACCAUCGGCGGAUUAGGAGUGUUCAAGAUCGCACCCAUCUUUAAAGGCAUUGGAUACGCAGCUGCCGUAAUGUCAUGUUGGAUGAAUAUUUACUACAUCGUCAUCCUCGCUUGGGCGAUAUUCUACUUCUUCAUGUCUCUAAGAACUGAUGUUCCCUGGAGAACUUGCAACAACUAUUGGAAUACAAAAUUUUGCGUGAAUCCGUACGACAGAGGUCAGCUUAGCUGUUGGGAACAAUAUUCUAUCAACAACACUCUAACCAAGAUGUGUUCGAUAAAUAGAAGCAACGUAUCCAUAAGCGAGUUAACGGACCCGGUCAAAGAAUUUUGGGAACGCAGAGCGCUCCAAAUAUCAGAAGGUAUCGAACAUGUCGGUUCUAUAAGAUGGGAAUUGGCGGGAACACUUCUGCUGGUUUGGAUAAUAUGCUACUUUUGCAUUUGGAAAGGUGUUAAGUGGACCGGAAAAGUCGUAUAUUUCACCGCUUUGUUUCCUUAUGUACUUCUAACCAUAUUACUUAUCCGCGGGGUUACUUUGCCGGGCGCGUUCGAGGGCAUCAAGUACUACGUCAUGCCCGACAUAUCCAAAUUAUCGGAAUCGGGCGUGUGGAUCGAUGCGGUCACUCAAAUCUUUUUUUCAUACGGCUUAGGUCUGGGCACUCUGGUCGCGCUUGGGAGUUACAACAAGUUCACCAAUAACGUUUACAAGGAUGCGCUGAUUGUCUGUUUGGUCAACUCCAGCACUAGCAUGUUCGCAGGCUUCGUCAUAUUUUCGGUGGUCGGCUUCAUGGCGCACGAGCAACAAAGGCCAGUUAGCGAAGUCGCUCAAUCGGGACCCGGGUUAGCGUUCCUAGCUUACCCGUCAGCAGUCUUGCAAUUGCCCGGUUCUCCUCUAUGGGCUUGUCUCUUUUUCUUCAUGAUCCUCCUGAUCGGACUGGAUUCGCAAUUUUGCACGAUGGAGGGUUUCGUAACGGCGAUCAUCGACGAAUGGCCAAAACUGUUAAGGAAAAGGAAGGAAACAUUUAUCGCUGUGGUGUGCGCCAUAUCGUAUUUAGUCGGUUUGUCCUGCAUAUCGCAAGGUGGAAUGUACGUCUUUCAAAUACUGGACUCCUACGCAGUUAGCGGGUUCAGUUUGCUCUUUUUGAUAUUCUUCGAAUGCAUCGCCGUUUCCUGGGCGUUUGGCGUCAACCGAUUUUACGACGGCAUCAACGAAAUGAUCGGGUAUUACCCGAUCUCGUGGUGGAAGUUUUGCUGGACCGUCGCGACACCGGUGAUUUGCAUCGGCGUUUUCAUUUUCAACCUGAUCCAGUGGAAGCCAAUCAAGUAUUUGAGUUACGAGUUUCCGUUGUGGGCUCAUCUGUUCGGCUGGUUCACCGCGCUUUCGUCCAUGUUAUGCAUACCCGGAUACAUGAUAUAUCUUUGGGUGACCACGCCCGGGGAUAGAAAAACGAAAUUCCGUCUGCUGAUAAGGAUAGAUGACGACGUCAAAACGCUUCGGACAAGAAUGCAGUCGCACGCCGUCUCAUCAACGGUAUAGCUAAGUUAUAGCCGUGGUGAGGUAUAAAUGUAAUUCCCGGUAUUUAUAGUUAGUAUUGGUUGUUAAGAUGUAGAAGUAAAUUUUAAACUUUUUUUUUUACAUAUAGAGGUACAUGUUAGAGAAAAAUUUUUACGACCACUUGUCGCUUUGUUACAUAAAGCGUCAGACAGUACUUGUUCGCAUUCAUCACUUUAUACGGUGCGCAUCGCAAUUUGU